CCAAAAACCUCUUUAUACGGAUUUUCAGGAGAAUCCGACUACUCCUUGAUAUUUUGCCGAAAAUUUCGAGAACUGAAACACUGUGCGCCGGUUAGUAACCGGAACACCUUGCAUAUUAACAAAUGAUAUUUUUGUAACACGAUAAUUCUAACCAACGAAAAAAUAACAUAACCUUAAAUGUCAAAUUCCCAGUAAAAAUAGUUUUCGGUGGAAGUUUAUCAUGUUGAAGCCAUACUAUCCAAAAUCAAUAAAAAAGUAAUGUAACCAUUUUAUUUAAAAAAAUGUUGCCGAGCUGUAGAAUUUUACGGAAAACCCGUUUUCCCUACCGAUGUGUUUCAAAUGUCGCACAGGGGCCCACAGAGGAAUUAUUUGAUGCUGCGCCCCCUAGACAUGCAAGGGUGGUUGUCUGCGGCGGAGGGGCCAUGGGGGCUUCUGUAGCCUAUCACUUGGCCAAACUUGGAUGGGGUAACGACACUAUACUAAUCGAACAAAACAGAGUUGGUGGAGGUACAACGUGGCAUUCUUCUGGACUGAUUGGUGUAUUUAAGCCAAGUUUUGCUCAGGUACAACUAACCAAAUCCAGUGUGGAAUUGUACAAAGAAUUAGAAAGCCAAGGUUUGUCUACUGGAUGGAAGGAGUGUGGCAGUUUGAAUGUUGCCAGGACUAGAGAUAGGAUGACAGUAUUUAGAAGAAUGAAAGCUCAGUCUAAGUCCUGGCAAAUUCACUGUGAACUUUUGACCCCUGAACAAUGCAAAGAAAAGUGUAGUUUGUUAAAUGUUGAUGAUAUUUUGGGAGGGCUAUGGAUACCAGGGGAUGGAGUAGGAGAUCCUUAUGAAGUUUGCAUGUCUGUUGUUGGAGAAGCUAAGAAAAUGGGUGUAAAAGUUGUAGAAAACUGCACAGUACGCAAAGUGUCUCAGACAAACGGCAGAGUGUCCAGCGUGGAAACCGAUUUGGGUACCAUUGAUUGCGACUACUUUGUUAACUGCGCAGGGUUCUGGGCAAGGGGAGUUGGCCAAUUAUCUGAACCCUACGUUAAGGUGCCACUGCAUGCAGUGGAACAUUAUUACCUGCACACAAAACCUAUUCCAGGGCUGGAUCCUAUGACCCCAGUCGUGAGAGACCAAGAUGGGCACAUUUAUUUUAGAGAAAACAAUGGUAGAUUACUGGCUGGUGGCUUUGAACCAGUUGCAAAGCCUGCUUUUGAAGAUGGAAAGAUACCAGUUACCAGCAAAGAUCGUUACCUUCCAGAAGAUUGGGACCAUUUCCAUGUGCUACUGGAACAACUUUUACACAGAGUGCCAAGUUUGGGAAAUUCUUUUUUUGAUAGAUUAUGUAAUGGACCGGAAGCCUUUAGUCCCGACUGCAAGUGGAUUGUUGGAGAAUCUCCAGAGAUUAGAAAUUAUUUGGUGGCUGCCGGUAUGAAAACGGUUGGAAUUUCGGCGGCCGGUGGAGUAGGAAAAGCCACCGCAGAACUGAUUGUUAAAGGAGAGACUGAUUUUGAUAUGUAUGAAUUAGAAGUUUCUAGAUUUUUAGGAUUGCAUAAUAACCGAAAAUUUUUGAGAGAUCGCGUGAAAGAAGUUCCCGGAAUGCACUACGGCAUAAACUAUCCGUUCCACGAAUUUCAAACCGGUAGAAAUUUACGUAUGUCGCCAGUUUAUCCUAAGCUGCGGGAAGCUGGCGCCGUUUUCGGCCAAGUUAUGGGCUACGAAAGACCCACUUGGUUUGAUCCUGAGGGACUACACGAAAUGUUAAGAAGAAAUCAAGACGACGAAAAUCAGGAUUGGUCUACUCCGUACCAAAUGGCAUACACAAACACCUACGGUAAACCUCCUUGGUUUGAUUUUGUUGCAAGAGAAUACGAAGCUUGUCGUGAAGGUGUAGGUAUAAGUGACUAUUCCUCGUUUACCAAAAUUGACAUGUGGUCAAAAGGCAAUGAAGUGGUAAACGCCCUACAAUUUGUAUGUUCCAAUGACGUCGAUGUUCCCGUUGGUAGCAUCAUACACAGUGGUAUGCAAAACAAAUAUGGCGGUUAUGAAAAUGAUUGUUCUCUUGCCAGACUUUCGGAAAAUCAUUAUAUGAUGAUUGCUCCGACAAUCCAACAAACAAGAUGUAAGGUGUGGCUACAAAAACACCUGCCACCUACUGUAGCUCUGUCGGAUGUCACCAGUAUGUUUACCGCCUUAUGUAUAAUGGGGCCUUUCACGAGAUUAUUGCUGUCAGAGCUUACCGAUACCGAUUUGGAUCCCAAAAACUUUCCGUUCUUCACUUUUAAAAUGUUGGAUGUUGGUCUCGCUAACGGUAUUAGAACCAUGAAUCUCACUCACACUGGAGAGCUGGGAUAUGUUCUUUAUAUACCCAAUGAGUUUGCUCUUCACGUGUAUUCUAGUCUAAUUCAAGCAGGUGAAAAGUACAAUAUUACGCACGCCGGUUAUUACGCAACCAGAGCUUUGAGAGUCGAAAAAUUCUUCGCAUUUUGGGGACAAGAUCUUGAUACUAGAACGACACCGUUGGAGUGCGGUAGAGUUUGGCGGGUUAAAUUUGACAAAAAAAUGGAUUUUAUUGGCAGAGACGCUUUAUUAAAACAAAGAGACGAAGGGAUAAAAAGAAUGUACAUUCAACUUAUUCUCGAUGAUCAUGAACUUGAAACCGAUCUUUGGCCUUGGGGUGGGGAACCAAUUUAUCGAAACGGUAAAUAUGUUGGUACAUGUACCACAACAGGAUAUGGGUAUACGUUUAAAAAACAAGUAUGCUUGGGUUUUAUAGAAAAUAUAAAUGAAGAAGGUGUAAAGCAAACAGUAACAAAUGAUUUUGUACUUGAUGGAGAUUAUGAAGUUGAUAUUUCAGGAAUUAGGUAUCAUGCUAGAGCAAGCAUACAUUCUCCAAUUCUACCAACUAAAUACCCAGAUAAAGAACGUGAUGUAUACCAAGCAACCAGGGGAAAACAUGAUGAGGCCCAACAAAUUCUUAAAUCUAUUUAAAAUAAUUAUCAUUACCUACAUUAAUUGAAAAAGUCUGUUAAAAUGUUACCGUUAUUUUAGCCAUUAAUUUAUUUUUAUUGUUGUGUUAUGUAAAUAUUUAAUCUAAUAAACAUUGCUAAUUUAU